ACACCAAAAGGGCUGGGGUUCUCGCGCAGUUUGCUCCAGUAUUGUAAACCAUAGAAAAAAUAAUGAGUUUCUAUGUUGUAAACAACAUGGCGCAUCACGGACUUCGCAACUUCGGUCUGGUUUUAUCUUGAAAACAUCGGCAGCGAAAACGGUGUAUCAUCCACAGAUAAAAACCGUUUUCUUAAACGGACUCGUGACAACAUAAUUGGCAAGUUUUUUAGCUUAAUAUACAGCAAUAAAUAACUGUCAAGCGCGUGUAACCUUAUACUUAGAACAGUGUAGGUAUCUUUAGGCUAGGCUAGCUGUAUUAGCUAACUAGCUAGCUAGUCAGACAAAUCAUGCGAUGGUUAGCUCGUUUUUUGUAACGAACGUUAGAGCAAGUCGCUUGAUGAUUUUUGCCACUGCAUUUUCUUAGCUAGCUAAGUCUUUGAUAGUAGUUGUAUGUCUGUGUCAAGAAGACACGGUCAAUCUCUUACACGUCAGGCAGCUCACCCAUACAGGCUCUCGGUAUAUGGGCUCUCAGUCUAGUUCUGGGAUGUCCGGCGGUCGGGGCUCCAGCGGCAACCCUGACCAGUCUGAAGCGGAAUCCAACCAGAGCAGCAGCAGUAAUAACAGUAACAGCAGUAGAAGUCGUAGAUCAGCUGAGGGGCAGCAGGGUGACAGGCAGUCAACAGCAGAGGAGGACGUCGAUUUAGCUCAAGUGCUGGCUUACCUAUUGAGGAGGGGCCAGGUGAGGCUGGUCCAUGGGAGUGGAGCAACAGGCCUGCAGCUUGUCCAGUCGUAUUCGGACUCUGACGAGGACAGUGAUGGGGCCUGGGAGGGGCGUCUAGGGGACCGUUACAACCCUCCCGUGGACUCCCAGCCAGACACUCAGGAGUUGGAUCGUAGUGAAAUCCGGACUCAGAUCCUCCUGACCACGGCCUCAUCUGACUUGAAAGGCAGGCAAAGCUUCACCCACAUGCUAACAGAGAGGGAACAAGGCCGAUGUCGAGGCUCCAGUUUUUCUCACGGAGAGUGUAGUCGCAUUCGCUCACAUUUCCUGCCCAAUCAUGUGACACACAAGGACACAUACCAGCAGAAAGCGUUCUGUGGUGUGUACAGUGACGAUGGCAACAUGUUCCUCUCUGCCUGCCAAGACCAGAACAUCCGUUUGUAUGACACCAGUAGCGGGCGCUUUAACCUGAAGCAGACUGUGAAGGCCAGGGACGUGGGCUGGAGCGUGCUGGACGUAUGCUUCACCCCCGACUCCCACAACGUGCUCUACUCCAGCUGGUCUGAUUACAUUCAUGUCUGCAGUGUAGAUGGAGACAGUGAAACCCAUACCGCCCUGGACCUCAACCCAGACGAGAGGAGGUUCUGUGUCUUUUCUCUGGCUGCCUCCACAGACGGAAAAGAGAUCCUUGGAGGAGCAAAUGAUGGCUGCCUCUACGUCUUUGAUCGUGAACAGAAUAGGAGAACCCUUAAGAUUGAUGCUCACGAGGAUGACGUGAACGCGGUGGCUUUUGCUGACAGCUCGUCCCAGCUGCUGUUCUCGGGCAGCGACGACGCGCUCUGCAAGGUGUGGGACAGGCGGACGCUGCGGGAGGACAGACCCCAGCCCGUGGGCCAGCUGUCUGGACACAGAGACGGCAUCACCUUCAUACACAGCAAGGGCGAUGCACGUUAUCUGAUCAGUAACUCCAAGGACCAGUCCAUCAAGCUGUGGGACGUGAGGAAGUUCUCCCCCAAGGAGGGCCUGGCGGCCUCGCGGCUGGCCGUUACCCAGCAGAACUGGGACUACCGCUGGCAGCAGGUGCCCCAGAGAGCCCUGAAGAGACACAAGCUGACCGGCGACACCUCGGUGAUGACCUACAGGGGUCACGGCGUUCUGCACACACUCAUACGCUGCCGUUUUUCCCCGGAGUUCACCACCGGACAGAGGUUCAUCUACACCGGCUGCUCCACUGGGAAGAUCAUCGUCUAUGACGUGCUGACGGGCAGUGUGGUGACCAGACUCUCUGAGCAUGACGCGUGUGUGAGGGAUGUCAGCUGGCAUCCCUACCAGGACAACAUCAUCAGCAGCUCCUGGGACGGAGCAGUGCGUGUUUGGGAGCACAGGCAGACCCACCCACUGGAUGAGGAGAGGGAGAGGGACUGAAAGAAGGACUGGAAGUGAUGAUGUCAUAGGUAUGGGAUAGCCUGACCGUGUCAGUCAGUGACAUCACUCUGGGGAGAGGUGGAACCACAACAGAGGGAGAGAGCGAAACAACAAGCUCAGAGCGAACCGUGAAAUCUCAUUGAUUCAAUGCUGGAUAACAAUAAUUAUAGUGUGAUUGUGAAGUGUUAAUCUCCCAAUUCUACCUUCUUACUUCUCUGUGUUGGUGCAGAAGCCAUUAUUACCCCCGUAUUCGCCAAUCUGCAGAGAACGGCAACAUUUUUAGCGAGACAGUUGAGGCAUUGUCUUCUGACAGGUGGUGGUAUUCCUACACAGCACUAGUCCUUCCACCGACAGUGCAGACGGAACCAUGCUAUCUAACUUUAAGACCAUGACAGUUAAGAAGAGUUGAUGUCUCUCCUCAUGCAAGUAUAGGCUAAAGAAGGCUGCAGCCUUUUCUAAGUUGGGCUGGAGUCUUUUAUGCAGAACCUAUUAAAGCUCAAAGCUAACUAAAUGCUUGCUCCGCGAGCCCCCAACAAGCCUCUUAACAACAGUAUGUUUUUGUUGCUUUGAGUAAAAAGCAUCACCCAAAUAAUGUAUACUGUAUGUAGACGGAAACAAUGUUAUAAAUUACAGGCGAAUUGUGAACAGCCACAAAGAAUUCUGUAUAAGAUAUAAUACUUUAAUGGUAUUAAUGUCCAUGGGUAAGAAUAACUUAUUUUGGAGUCCAACAAUUCCAAUUCAAAUAUUUGAAUGUGUGAAUAAUGUGUGUUGGGGUUUAAGACACAGUGAAGGUUUGGGAGAUGUGUGUGUGUGUGCACGUGUGGAUACCCACUGGGCAAAAACUGGUUGAAUCAACGUUGUUUCCACGUAAAAACAAUUUAUGUGGAGAUGAAUCGACAUGGAAAACUGAUUGGAUUUACAAAAAGUCAUCAACCUAAGGGAAUUUAAUAUUGUUUUCACCAAACUUUUAACCUAAAUCCGAUGAUGAAAUGCUUUGUUGAUUUCACGUUGAAUUCACAUUUGCUGACAACUCAACCAAUUGUAAAUCAAAACUAGACGUUAACUAGACAUCUGCCCAGUAGGUACACACAUAUUAAUGUGUGUAUGUUGUUUGACUGUGUGUUUAUAUCGAUGUUCAUGUUCCAAUCUCAAUUGUUUUACAAUAUCAAUAAAACAUUUAUUUGAACAUA